CCGUUUAAUCUAUGAAGCCCAUAAACCCAACGAGUAUUAUAUUAUGAGUAUACCAAUUGAAGGACACAAAAAAGUGCCCGGGGAAUCAUCGCAAAAACCACAAGAAUUGCCUUCAGAAAGACCCACUAUGUCACAAGAGAAUGGAACAUCCUCUCCGUUCUCAUACGAGGAUGUACGGAACUUCAAAUUCCUUGGACCCUCCGGACUUACCAAUAUACAGAGGCAAAAACCAACCACGACACCUCCCGCAUAUGUUCACUCAAUCAAGUCUCGAAUUGUACCUAGUAAUUCUAAGAGUCCCAUUUCAAUUCCUUCUGGUGCUAAUGGACAAUUAGACCCCAAAAAGCUUUUUGAACUUGUUCUGAAGAACUACGAGUCAUGGCUGCAAGCGAUGUACAAGCAGUUUCAAGAAGAUGACAACUUUCUGCCGUUUCCAAACGAAGACGACUAUAAUGAACCAAAUGGUAAAGCUGGAAAUGGUUCAGAAUCGCAGCCCAUAUUCAACUACAGUCUUCUUGAAGCAUUAGAGAAGGCUUCGUCAGAGUUCUCAGACAAGAUCAACAAAUUAGAAGACGAUACUAUACAAAGCAGCCGAGAACCAUCCGUAGUUACUCCUCCUAUAGAAGAGUCAGAAACAGAGACAACAGAGCCAGCUACAGAGCCAACAGAGCCAGCAACAGAGCCAGCAACAGAGCCAGCAACAGAGCAAGUACCAGAGCCAGUAAAAAAGCUAGUAAGUGCUAAAACGAAAAGACCAGUUCGAAAAUCGGUCAAAAACGGACAGAAAAAACUCAUCAACCCGUCGGAUUCCUUAUUAAAAGAAGGUGAAAUAGAUACAAUUCGUGAGAGACUCGCCAGAUUGACACCCGAAAACUUUUUGCAAUAUACCAGAUUUGAUGAAAGGAAAAAGGGAUUCAGCCUUUACGAUACCACAGACGAGGAGGGUCUCCAUGAAGGCAAUACCGAAGUCUUCUUUGAUGAAGAUGGUAUGUUUCAUAACGACCAAGACGAUUACGACCUAGAGGAAAUUAACGACGACGAUCAAUAUGUGUACGACUAUCCGCCCACACACCAUAUUGAGUUGGAACUAAACACAGCUCCUGAAUGCGACGAACAUGGAAUGGAUGGCUGUGAUUGUCCAGUUUAUGAGUACGAAGAUGGAGAGCAAUUUCGGGGCGGAGAAUUCGGCGAUGAGGGCCCUUCUUGUGAGUUUACAUUUGAGUAUGAUCACACUGGCAAACUCGUGCCUACUUAUAGCAAUGUAGAAGAGAAAAUGCGGUUAAUGGAAAUACAGGCCCGCUUCAUAAAGACAAUGCAGGGACAAAAUGCUAAUGGAUCUAAAGGAAUAAAUGGAGGUCAAAUGAAACUUCCUUCGAUAAACGAGCUUGAUAUUGGCAAUCAUGAUUUAUCGUCUGGAUCUUCAAAAUCUAAAAAGAAGAACAAAAAGAAGAAAAAGAAAAAGAACAAUACUGGCAUAGACGAGACACAACAAGCGUCUCAUGAAAUUCACCAACAGCAGCAGCAACAUAACCAUCCUGCUGCCCCUGGUAGCGGUUGUUGUUUGUUCUGUGAGUAUGAGUUGAUCUUUGGCUCUAAACCCAGACAGAUGAUGAAAUGGUACGACCAAAGGAUACGCCGAGACGAGCAAAGACGUGAGGAAAUCAAGAAGAAGUUGGAAAAUGCAAAACUGAAGGCAAUGAAGAGACAGCGAGAAAUGAGAGAAAGACAAUUGCACAGUCAGAAUGAAGAUGUCCAACAGCCUGUAGCAAGUGACCACAAACACAGUGAUAUUGAACAUAUCGAAGAGGAAAGCUUCGACGGAGAACACCACGAAGAGGAUCACGUCCCAAAGCUGACCAGCAUCUGACAUAGGUGUAAAUGGCAGAAUAGUAUGAUAAUAAACGACUUCAAC